AUGAUGCACCAGAAAUCAUAUAAAAGAUGCAAAGAUGCCCAACGCCCUCAUCAUUGGCCCCACGGGCUACAUCGGACCGCAACAAGCCAGCAGCUUAUUCGCAACGGCAUCUACCAUGUUUACGCAGCCGUCCAUACAGAUAAAGAGGCCCUGGAACUUUCUCGAGAUGAGAUUCUACCUCUCAUAGGCCAUAUAUCGACUACAGCUGGCUUACACAAAAUUAUCACAGAAGGCAACAUUGAUGUCAUUAUUGAUACCACCAGCUAUAACGACAACACUACCAAGCUUGCAUUAUUAAAGCGCACCAUUGAGGUAGCCAGCAUACGCCAAAAGGCGUCUAAGUAUACAUUACCCAAGCUUGGAUUUGUUACAGUCUCGGGCAUCUGGACACAGGGAUCUACGAAGGAUCCACGGGGCAGUUUCCAGCGUAUUAGCGCAGCCGACAAAUCUCUAGUACCAGAAGACGGCUUGGUAGAAUCCAAGCUUGACUACGAGCAAGCUGUGUUGGACGCACGAAGCUCUUUGAAUAUCGCCAUUGUUCGACCCGGCCGUAUUUGGGCCUUGGGCGGCUCAGCAUGGACGAGGAUCCUUGCGCCACUCGUCCAGGGCAUGCUGGCCAAGACGGAUGCGACAAUGGAGAUUGCCGUUGACCCGGAAAACCAGUAUUACUGCUUUACGCACAUUGACGAUGUUACCGCUGCUAUCGAGCUUGCUGCGCUUAAGCUACCCAUUGUUAACGGAAGUGGCGUGCACCCAGUCUUUGAUCUGCUUGGCGAUCGAGUACAUAUGGAAACACUGUGUAUCAAGGAUGCCGAACACUUUGGUUGCAGGGGCAGUGUGAAACUGAGAAAGCCAGACGGCGUUGGCUAUCUGGAUAGAAUUGGUGACCAGCACGAGGUGUCUUCGUCCAAUGCAGAGACGGUGCUGGGAUGGCAGCCCAAGAAGAGACAUUUCCUGAAAGAUGUGCACAUUUAUGCCAAGUCGUUUUUGGCGGCUCUGGCUCUAGCGCAACAAAAGUAAGACGGUGCCUGGGCUAGAAUUGGGUGCUGUCUUUGUUUCUCUUUUUGGGGUUAUCUGCGGGUAGCGUUACAUUCGUGGGCGACGCUGCGGUGGUGGAACGGGACAGAGCUGCAGGCUGGAGAUGACAGAGAAUAAGAAGAGGCAAAGAGAUCCAAGGUGCGAAAAAAAAACCUUGUAAUGUGGAAAGAUACCCUA